CACUGCCUCUCACUGGCGCUCAUUUUGCGUCUUCACAUGAUUAAGUGGCAGUGCCAUAUGCCGUCGUCGAGUUGGAGAACGUGGCUACGCAAAAUCAGUCACAUUCUGGCGCUGGCAGAAAGCAGACGCCAUUUGCCGGACUUAUAGCAGAUACCCAAGUUUUAGCAACCAAAGGAGCAGCCAUGGCGGAGGGAGACUCGAAGUUUGGCUUCAAGGACAUGGAGAAGGCGCUGGAGACGUUGAAGCUGCUGGAGAGCCACGACAUGCAGUAUCGCAAGCUGACAGUGCGCGGCUUGCUCGGCCGGGCCAAAAGAGUCCUUACAAUGACCAAGGCGGAGGAGAAGCUGAAGAACAUCAAUGCGGCCAUUGGUGUCUUUGAGAAGUGGCUGGAGGAGAAUGGCGGCGGGGCAUCCAGUAAGAAUGCCAAGACAGACAGCGAGGACAAGGUGGAGACGGUGCCGGGACUGGGAUUCAAGGACAAGGCUGCUGCGGAGGCGACACUGAGCAUUUUGGCGGAACGAGAUCCGGACUACCAGAGGUUGGCCAUCAAGGGAUUGAUUGGCAGCUCCAAGCGUGUCCUGUCCGGCACCAAGAACGAGGACAAGAUCACGGCCAUCAAGGAGGGAGUCCAGGUACUGGAGGAUUUCCUGGAAAAGUUCGAGGCCGAGAACCGAAUCAGGGACAAUCGUGCAUACUUGCCGCUCGCCGUGGUCACCAAGCUGCCCGAUCCCAAGGAGGAGUUGGCCAAGGAGUUCCUGGAAGCCUAUGGCGGCUCCAAGGCCAAGGGUAACUACAAGCACCUGCGCACCAUGUUCCCCAAGGCUGAUGACGAGACCAGCUGGGACAUUGUUCGCAAUCGGCAGCUGUCCAAGUUGCUGGAGCAGAUCAAGAGCGAGGAGGCCAAGCUCUUCGAGGCAGAAAGCGGAGCACCCACCGACCUCCACCUGCAGCUGAUCCACUGGGCAUACAGUCCGCAGCCGGACAAGCUGAAGCAGUACAUCGAGAAGCUGGCCAAGAAGACACCCGAGAAGCGCAAGCAGGAGAGCAGCAGCAGUGCCAGCGAGUCCAGUGCCACCAGCCAGGAUUCCGAUGGCGAGGAUAAGCCCAAAAGGAAGAAGAAGAGGGAGGAGUGAUGUUCAACCAACCAAAAACACUCUGUUGCCAUUUAUUAACGAACAGAAACGGUUCAUACAGCUCUGUUUCCGGUUCCUCCAAUCGAUGCACUUUGGUGGACUUUAGAAGUAACAAUUUUGCGCUAAAUGCUACCUUAUAGAACUGAAGUUUCAUGGAUCCUAAUCUGCCAACUCACACGGUCAUCGAAACCGGAAACAGGCUUUAUAGUUUAUUUAAGUAACUCAACCUCAAUGCAGAACUACGAUAUUCGGUGGACACAUGACUCCUAUUCCCUGUAUCCCCCUCUAUAUACACAGAUAUUUAUGUAUACGUUAGCGCUCAAGCAUAUAUGCUAAUUGUAAAUAUCGUAGAGUACCAUUUGUGUAUGUCGUUCUGAUCAGCCUAGUCCUUGGAAUCAAUAACUUUGUAUAUGGUAGUCUAGAGAGGGGCACGGUGAAUGAAAAUGUUGAACAACUGUGUAUAACGUUAUAAUAAAACAGAAUUAAAUGGA